AUUCAACAUGUAGUGUUUAAGAGCUUUGAGAUACUUUUCUGUAUGGUCUUAAGUACCUAUGGGACCAGCUGAUCCUAUUUUGGGAGUAGCUGCUUAAUUCAAAGCUGAUCCAAGCACUUAAAAAGUAAAUUUAAGUAUAGGAGCUUAUCGUGAUAAUGAUGGAAAGCCAGUUGUACUUGAGUCAGUUAAGAGAGUAACUAAAUUAAUAUAUAAUAGGCUGAAUAAAUAAUAAAGGAAAAGAAAUUAGAUAAUGAAUAUCUUCCAGUUGAAGGACUUCAAUCAUUUAUUGAUGCUUCUAUUAAAUUAGGUUAUGGAGAUGCUUAUUAUGCUUAAAAUGGAAAAAGUAUUGCAGGAUGUUAAGUAUUGAGUGGAACAGGUGCAGUUAGACUUGGAUUUGAAUUUGCUAAGAAAUUCUUACCUUAAGGUACAAAAGUAUAUAUGCCAAAUCCAACAUGGCCAAAUCAUCAUAAUAUUGCUAGAAUGGCAGGAUUAGAAAUUUUGGAAUAUCGUUAUUUUGAUCCAAAAACACGUGGAGUUGAUUUUUCAGGAUUAGUAGAAGAUUUGAAUAAGGCUUAAAAUGGAUCAGUUAUCUUAUUCCAUGCUUGUGCUCAUAAUCCUACUGGUUGUGAUUUAACAUCAGCUUAAUGGACAUAAUUAUUAGAUUUGACUAAAAAAAAGAAUUUCCUUCCAUUUUUUGAUAUGGCUUAUUAAGGUUUCACAAGUGGAGAUGUAAAUAAAGAUGCUGAAGCAGUUAGAUUAUUUACAAAUUAAGGAGUUUCUAUUGUUUUAGGAUAAUCUUUUGCUAAAAAUAUGGGAUUAUAUGGAUAAAGAACAGGAUGUCUUAGUUUUGUAUGUGCUAAUUAAUAAGAAAAAGAGAAAGUUGUUUCAUAAUUGAAAUUGUUAGCUAGACCAUUAUGGUCAAGUCCACCACUUCAUGGUGCUAGAGUGGCUGAUAUCAUUCUCAAUACACCAGAACUUAAUUAAUUAUGGUUAUCUGAAGUUAAAAUGAUGGCAAAUAGAAUUUAAUUAAUGAGAGUAAGUUUAGCUGAAACUUUAAAGAAUCUAGGUUCUCCUCAUGAUUGGUCACACAUAUCUAAAUAAAUUGGUAUGUUUGCAUUUACUGUAAUAAUUUAAUUUAUAUAUUUAGGGUGUUGGUCCAGAUCAUGUAAAAGAAUUGAUUGCUAAAUAUCAUAUAUAUUUAUUAAGUAGUGGAAGAAUAUCAAUUGCAGGAUUAAAUGAAGGAAAUGUUAAGUAUGUUGCUGAAGCAUUCCAUGAUGUGACCAAGAAUACAAAAUUGUGAAGUAUUANAAAUUUAAGUAUAGGAGCUUAUCGUGAUAAUGAUGGAAAGCCAGUUGUACUUGAGUCAGUUAAGAGAGUAACUAAAUUUAUAUAUAAUAGGCUGAAUAAAUAAUAAAGGAAAAGAAAUUAGAUAAUGAAUAUCUUCCAGUUGAAGGACUUCAAUCAUUUAUUGAUGCUUCUAUUAAAUUAGGUUAUGGAGAUGCUUAUUAUGCUUAAAAUGGAAAAAGUAUUGCAGGAUGUUAAGUAUUGAGUGGAACAGGUGCAGUUAGACUUGGAUUUGAAUUUGCUAAGAAAUUCUUACCUUAAGGUACAAAAGUAUAUAUGCCAAAUCCAACAUGGCCAAAUCAUCAUAAUAUUGCUAGAAUGGCAGGAUUAGAAAUUUUGGAAUAUCGUUAUUUUGAUCCAAAAACACGUGGAGUUGAUUUUUCUGGAUUAGUAGAAGAUUUGAAUAAGGCUUAAAAUGGAUCAGUUAUCUUAUUCCAUGCUUGUGCUCACAAUCCUACUGGUUGUGAUUUGACAUCAGCUUAAUGGACAUAAUUAUUAGAUUUGACUAAAAAAAAGAAUUUCCUUCCAUUUUUUGAUAUGGCUUAUUAAGGUUUCACAAGUGGAGAUGUAAAUAAAGAUGCUGAAGCAGUUAGAUUAUUUACAAAUUAAGGAGUUUCUAUUGUUUUAGGAUAAUCUUUUGCUAAAAAUAUGGGAUUAUAUGGAUAAAGAACAGGAUGUCUUAGUUUUGUAUGUGCUAAUUAAUAAGAAAAAGAGAAAGUUGUUUCAUAAUUGAAAUUGUUAGCUAGACCAUUAUGGUCAAGUCCACCACUUCAUGGUGCUAGAGUGGCUGAUAUCAUUCUCAAUACACCAGAACUUAAUUAAUUAUGGUUAUCUGAAGUUAAAAUGAUGGCAAAUAGAAUUUAAUUAAUGAGAGUAAGUUUAGCUGAAACUUUAAAGAAUCUAGGUUCUCCUCAUGAUUGGUCACACAUAUCUAAAUAAAUUGGUAUGUUUGCAUUUACUGUAAUAAUUUAAUUUAUAUAUUUAGGGUGUUGGUCCAGAUCAUGUAAAAGAAUUGAUUGCUAAAUAUCAUAUUUAUUUAUUAAGUAGUGGAAGAAUAUCAAUUGCAGGAUUAAAUGAAGGAAAUGUUAAGUAUGUUGCUGAAGCAUUCCAUGAUGUGACCAAGAAUACAAAAUUGUGA